AUGGUCGAUUCAUGCGCGAACGAAUGCAGCGACGGAACGCGCCUUUUCUGUCGACACACAGCACUCGCGGAAGCCGACGAUUUUCGUCGCGUUGGCGUGUGAUGUCCAGAUGGAAGCGAUGCGCAGAUUUUCGAGAAGGACGAGCUUCCGAAAGACGACUCAAGCGGUCGACAGCACGAUUUUUGUCGUCGUGGUGGUGUCGAUUGGAGAAUGUAUGGCCCUACACAUUGCCAAUUGAAACAGUACCUACACUUUGGCGCAUACACUCUGUAGCCCACGACAGAAGUCGACCGCAAGACCGCAUUGUUCAACUUCGAGUGAAUCAAGCAUGAACCAAACCACUUCUCAUUGUUCCCGCUGCUGCAGCCACACCCGCGCACACGCUUCCCCAGCUCCCCCGUCGCCCCCAUCCCCUCCAACACCCCCGCAACCCACCUAUGUCUUUGGGCAACACAGAAGCGAGUCGAGCCCAAGUGCUGCCGCGAGAGCGCACAAGAAAGGCCAGUUCGUGACGAGUGCGAUCGUUGGCUUCGUUGUGGUGCUCCUCCUCAAGAACUUGUUUGUGUUGACCAGCAUCGUGGGGGUGGUCUUCUUGGCGCUGAUGGGACUCGGAAGCCACGGAGUGAUUCGUGUUGACUUUAAGAAAGCCGUGGACAUGUGCAGCAUGCAAGAUCUGCCAUCGCUGUCGGUCGUGCCGUCCAAGCCUGGUUUCAUUGCGGGUGCCGCUGUAGCGUGGCAUGUCUGGCCAUAAGAUAUGCAUGUUCCUCCAUCUUCCACGUAUUAUAAAUGCACCUAUGCAAUGCAUGUGGGUCGCAGAGUCUCUCUAGAAACCCCACGCAUGCGAUGCACAUUGCACACCUAUCCACCGAUCCAGACAGCAGCA